GUUGUAGAGCCACAAAGCUAGUAUCAGCCAGCGAAAUUGAUUGAAGAUCAAUCUCGAACUGUUUGAAGAUUUUUGUGUUUGCAGUGCAAGUAGGAAUAUGGGAAGCAUAGGAGGAGCGAGAGCGAUGACGGUGCAGGAGCUCGCUGGUGCCAUCGGCAAGCCCGACGUGCCAGUCCAGUACGUCGUGCGCGAGCACAAUGACCAGCAGCUAGAGGCGGCCGUCACAGCACCGGUCCCGGUCAUCGACUUCAGCCGCCUUUUCGAACAGGACGGCGGCGAGGCAGUGAAGCUCCGGUCAGGGCUCGACUCCUGGGGCCUCAUCUUGGUCAGUAACCAUGGUGUAGACGCUGCCGUGAUGCACGGCAUGAGAGCCGUGUCCAGAGAGUUUUUCCGGCAGCCGCUCGAAGAGAAGCAGCGGUAUACCAACCUGAUCGACGGCGAGCAGUUCCAGUUCGAGGGGUACGGGAACGACCACGUGAGGUCGCCGGACCAGAUCCUUGACUGGACCGACCGCAUAUACCUCAAGGUGGAGCCCGAGGACGAGCGGAGCAUUGCCCUCUGGCCAGCGCAUCCCGAAACAUUCAGGGACGCUCUGCACGAAUUCACGACGAAAUGCGGGGGAGUGAAGGACGGCCUUCUCCGCGCCAUGGCGAAGCUGCUGGAGCUUGAUGACGAUGACUACUUCGUAGACCAGCUUGGGGACAGGGCGUCAACUCACGCUAGAUGCAGCUACUACCCGGAAUGUCCGAGGCCAGAGCUCGUGUUCGGCCUCAAGCCCCACUGCGAUGGAACUGUUGUUACCGUCCUCAUGGUCGAUGACACCGUCGGAGGCCUGCAAGUUCUCAGAGAUGGGGUCUGGUGGGAUGUACCCGUGGUGCCUCACACACUCCUGGUCAUUAUAGGAGAUCAAACUCAGAUAAUGAGCAAUGGAAUCUUUAAGAGCCCCGUGCAUAGGGUUCUGACAAAUGCAAAGAAAGAGAGGAUUUCGGUGGCUCUGGACUACUCAGUUGACCCCGAGAGGGAAAUCGAGCCAUCGGCUCAGCUGGUCAAUGAGGAGAGACCGGCGUUGUACAGAAAAGUGAAGGUCAAGGACUACACUGCCUCUCUUUACGAUCAUUUUUCUAAAGGGGAAAUGGUUAUCAAUAAAAUACACACAUAACCAAGUAUUGUAUCAUAUGCAUUGAUUUCAUACAGCAAAUGUGGGCAUUUUGCAAUAAAUGACUGCAACAAUGUAUCCUUACAUUCCAAGUGUAUUUACUAUGUUUUCACAAAAAAAAAACUGUAUUUACUAUGUUUGUUCAGGGGCACAUGUAAUUUCAGGUUCUGCCAUGGUCUGCAUAAUAAUUAUAAAAAACAGUUACAAACAUGGUGAAUGUAUUUAUUUAUGAAAGUAUGUGAUGACUAUAUUUUCACUUGAGAAAUCCAAAUGUUCUUUGUAUAGUAGAGUAUAAGUUCGAGAGAGGCCCGUUUGUGGGUUUCAGCGGGUGCU